AAGACUGAAAGCGAAAAUGUCAGAGCCCGCAAAAAUCUCCGUCUCCUCCGAUUACGUCCACGCGAUAAGCGCACAGACGGACCUGCAUGCGCGACUGCAAAAGCACAUGACGCAGGCCCUGCAAGAGCUGGAGACGCGAUGGGUCCGGAGCGUUAACGACAUCGGUGACAAGAUGCUGGCGGGCGCGCGGGUGGACGAGGACGUGGUCGCUCUCUCGCAGAUUGUGUGGGACGGGUUGAAGCUUGCGCUGCACGUCGUGGAGUUGCUGACCAAGCUUGGUGGGGAGAUUUUCGGGGAUGGCCGUAUGUUUCCCCCUUGGAUUGCGUUUCGGGGAUUUGUGCUGAUGAUGGCCUGGGGGGGGGGGGGAAGAGACGUGGGAAUUGGUCUAUGUACCGCCUUUCUUCGUCGAGCACACUGUUUUCUGCGGGAGGAGGACUGGGGUAAAGUUCGAUUUACCCAUGUUACAGCAUGGCGGGUACGUGAUCUACCCCACGAACGCUAGGACGACGGCCGGCGGGCGCCAAGGAGGGGAGGGGGGCCUACAGGCCUUCUAUACCGAGUUUCUGUCCUUGGUGGAUGUAGUUGAGAGGCAGAGAAAGUGUAGAGAGAUUGGUUUGAUUAGGGAGGAGCUGGCGGCUAAGAUGGCAGCUUGAUUCAUGCCUUUGUUUCUUG